GCAAGGUUUUUCAGAAGAAGAAAAAAUAUAUUUCGUGAUGGGGAAAUAUGCAAGUACCAUACUCAUCCCAAACAUUUUGCAUGUAACAAGAAUAUCGGGUCUAUUGAUUCAUUUGAAGAUUUUUUUCAAAAUGAAUAACCGUGACCUUUCCACUAACCCGUUUGCGGCACUCUUUACGAGUGUUGCACAAGCUCAGGAUUUUUCCCUCAACAAAACAGCUGCUCCAGUUAUGUCUCCAGAGCCAAGUGAUGAAAUAAGCAGCCUGCCGAUUCCCAAAUCACCAAAACAAAAUCCGGAGGAAGACAUCAAAAAGUUGGCACAAGCGAAGUCGGAGACAGAUCUGAUGCUUCAGAAAAUAUUUCUGAUUACUUUGGACAAAGAAGCAGACUGCCACUCUGGAAGACCAUCUCGAUGUGUCUUUCUCUCUGAACUCUAUGACAUGCUGGACCAGCAAACAUGGCUGGAUUUUGAUUCACUUGGUCAGGCAGUGUUUGAGCGCCUGAUGUUGAGCAGCCCGGGAGAAUGUGUCAUCAAGACCGGAGAUCCCUCCGUAUCUGACCCUCGUGCAGCGAGCUUGGCAGGAGAGAUUGAAGUGCUGCGAUAUCUGACCGGUUGCUACAUAAGAACGAACCAGUAUGCAAACACAAAGAAGGCCUCCCAAGAAAAUAUAUCCAAAUGCAGAGAGAUUAUCCUCCUUAAUUCCCGGACCUGUCUCCAGCAGCCCGAAAUAUAUUUCGGACAGGAACCAAUUCAGCAGCUUGCAAGCUUAAUCUUGGAAAGUGCAGAGGAUUUAAUCAUGCGAGAUUUCCUCAUAUCAGUCCUUGUUGAAGUGGAAGCUCGUAAGGAGGAUGGGCCCAUCUUUGGUGUUAUCCAGCCCAUCUUGGAUGAUCUGAAACGGAAGAUCACAAAAGAGCCAACGAUUUUUCACGUGGAGUUACAUAAUGUAAUGAAUACUGUAACAUUCAUUGUGGGGAGUAAAAUUCCUUGUUUGUCUGAGGCUUUCUUAGAGUACAGCAAGGUGACGGAUAUAAAAAAUGCCAAAUCCUUUGAGACAACUCUUCUAGGUUCUUUACUGUCACUGAGUUGUAUUGUCAAGAAUGAGGCGGGACCGUAUGAAUUCUUUGAUAAGCCGUCUGCUCAACCGGCACAGGAACACAAUGCCCUGGAGGCAAGGAUCUGGGAGCGCCUGGCUCUGUUGAAUGAGAAGCUCUACGUGAUCAUCUACAGCCUGCUGUCAACAAAGGGCGACAGUAAACACCUCAUGUUGGAGUGGCUCGGCAACUGCAUUCAUGCAAAUGCUGGGCGAGCCAAACUGUGGUCGAGCCAGAUGCCUCAGAUUUACAACCAGAUGAACUGUAGCGAUGGCUUCUUCAUGAACCUCUGUGCUGUCCUGUUGAGGCUGUGCCAACCAUUCUGUGCCCCUGAGAAUGCCAGAAAGCUGAUGACCGUUAGUCCUGAAUACACCAUUACGAAUGUGAUAGAUACACAAGAGGGGAGGGCAAGGAAUGUUCAUAUGCGAGGAUUGGUUGAGGAGACGUGCCUCAUCCCUGCUGUGGAGGGAGAGAGGGUAGCCCUGGAUGAUGCCUCAUUUAACUUCAUCACCGAGUGCUUCUUCAUCACGCAUCGCUGCUUGAAUUUGGGGUUCCAUGUCGUGAACGAGAAGUUUGUCCGCUUGAGUUCCGAGUUGCAUCGGAUGCAGCGGCUGUUCCGUGAUAUUCAGUUACAGGGUGCGACGGAUUUGGAGCCUGGCCAGAGGGUCAGGGAGAGGAUGGAUCGAGGCAUGACCUUCUACUUGUGUUUAAAAGCCGCCCUGACGGAGCCACGUAUGCUGGAAAUGAUGGGUCUCCUCCAGACGUCCACGGCAAAGUUCUUGAGCCAUGCCGCAUCCCACAAAGAUAGAUCUCAGCUGCUGCCAAUUUCAUUCCCGUUGUGCGAGGAGGUUCCGCCCUGCUUGACGUGUCUGCCAGAGUUUGUUAUCAACAAUGUGAUAGACUAUAUGAUAUUCCUGCGAAGAUUUAAGGACGAAAACUUCGAGCUGAUGGGCGAUAGUCUCGAAGAUCUGUUCACGAUGAUCUUGGUCUUUAUGGGAAGUCCUGAACGUAUGAAGAACCCACAUCUGCGAGCGCGUCUGGCUGAAGCACUGGAAGCGUUCACACCUCAUAAGGAUGAUGGAAACAUUGGCCUGUCCAACUUCCGACGAGAGCAGAUAUUCCUGAAUCAUCCUCACAUUGAGGAAUUAGCGAGGACACUUCUACAUGUGUUUGUCAGCAUAGAAAUGACCGGACAGAGCGUGGAGUUUGAGCAGAAAUUCAACUACAGACAUCCUAUGUACAUGGUGCUCGAACACAUGUGGGGUAUAGACAUUCACAAGUCCGUGAUACAGAGAUUAGCUCAGAAGGCAGAAGGAGUGAUGGAUGCCAUUAACCCUCCAUUGUUUCUACGAUUCAUCAACAUUCUAGUCAAUGAUGCCAUAUUCCUGCUUGAUGAGGCUCUAAGUUAUCUGACACAAAUCAAAGACCAGCAAGAUGAGAAGGAACGAGGUGAGUGGAAUGCGUUACCAGCCGACCAGCGCCAAGAACGAGACAUGAAUUACCGCCAUCUUGAAAUGUUGUGUCGCUACCAUAAUUCGAUGGGGAACGAUACGGUCCACACCAUCGAGAUGAUGACAGGGAACAUCAAGACGAUUUGGACGCAUCAUGUGAUGGUGGAUAGGGUUGCGGCCAUGCUCAACUACUUCCUGCUGCAUCUGGUUGGUCCAAAGAGGAAAAACUUCAAAGUAAAUAAUCUAGACGAACUUGAAUUCAAGCCUCAGGAACUCGUUUCGAAUAUCUGCAAGAUCUACCUGAAUCUCGGCAAAGACGACAAAUUCUGCCAAGCCGUGUCGAGAGAUGGACGAUCGUAUUCCCCUGAACUGUUUGUACAAGCUCGUGAUGUGUUGAACAGGAUUAGGAGCCCUGUCUACAUGGUGGAGGAACUCGAUAGACUUGCAAAAAAAGUUCAGGCAUUUGCGGAAGAGCAGGCUGAGGAGGAUGUGUAUGAUGCGCCAGAAGAGUUCUUGGACCCGAUCAUGGGCUCGCUGAUGAAAGAUCCUGUAAUGUUACCGUCAUCAAAACAGAUUGUUGACAGAUCAACCAUAGCGAGGCAUAUUCUCAGCGAUCAGUUUGACCCCUUCAACCGAGAUCCUCUGACCAUGGACAUGGUCCUACCUCAGGAUGACCUGAAGGAGAGGAUUAGGAGUUGGCUUGUUGAGAUGAAGGCAGAGAAAUCAUGACAGCAUUAAUCCAGACAUUUCUGUAGACUUGUUUUAAAGUACAGUGGAACCUCCCUUAGCGGACACCUCUCUAGUAGGGACACUAGUUUUGGUCCCAAAGUGGUUGUUUCCAUUGAAUUUGACCUAUCUAAUCAGGAUAGCUCUCUUUUGGAAAGAACACCACUUGUCAGUCCAGAGGGUGUCUUUGAUAGAGGUUCUACUGUACAAGAAAACUUGAUGAGAGGAUCAGUGUUUGUGGAAACUAAUUUGAUGUCAUCAUUAGUGAGUUUCAGCAAAUCAAAAUAUUUCUCCAUAUCAAUUGUACGUGUAUUUGACAUAGUCACUUCUCAAAUUCCGGUAUAUCAUACGGGUGCGUAAACUUGAUACUGAAAGAGAUUACCUCUUUCUGUGCCUGUAUUCCUGUGGUGCCAGGCUUCUUUGCAAUGUCUUUGGGCGAUAUUGGCUGUGAGAUGGCUGUAGGUGUUUCCUGCUCGGGUCCUGGGUUGCGUCUGUCUUUUGUCGGUAUGAGUCUUUGUGAUUCUCCUUGGUGGCCACUAGCAUCACUGAAGGUCUCUAGCCGCCAAUUCAUAACCUUUAACUGCUACAGUAUGUACAUGUAUAUGUCCAAUGGAAUAGAUUUAAUUUUUCAAAACUAGAUUUUGCUGGUCUUACAUGUAACAUGCUUUCUGAUGUAAAGACACGACUAGGUAAAAAUCUGGCAAUCCAUUGAUUGAUGCAGCCAGCUUUGCUUGAUUUUGUUUCCCUCCUGGGCAUACGUGGGCCUAACAUGUGCAUGUAUAUUGCAAUGUAAAAUAGUGUAUUUAACCAAAACCAAUGAGUGUAAACAUGUAAAUGGAAAGUAUAAUUUUACAGGAAUUUAAUUGCACAUGUAUUUUGUUCAAUGGAAAAAGAAAAAUUAUGAUGUAUGAUGUAUGGUGUAUGGUGUAUAGCAGCCGGUGGAAUGGUUUUUGUUGUGCGUCUUCUUCAUGAUUGGCCUCCGACAUAUUGGGUUCUUCAAUGUUGGCCUACAUGUACGUUUACAUGCAUUGCAGUGUAAAUGUUUUUUAACCGUUUAGAUCCUUACCGGCUGGUGUCUGGCCACUGAUUUUCAUCUAUAUAUCCCUAGCUGGCCAUAACCGCCCACCAGUACGUACCUAUUCGAGCGACACCAUCGCCAACUCUACUUAAGAAAUGAGACUAAGGCCGGUUUUCGGUCGUUUAGGGAUCUAUUGGUGAAAUAUUAUGGAGAUUUAGUGGCUGGCUUGUACAGGGGUGCUUUGGGGGGGGGGGAUGAAAAUUACUGAAAUGCACCAGGGAAAUACGGGGAAACACAUAAAAAUGUUCUAGGAUCUAAAGGGGUUAACCAAGACAAAUUGAUGUAAAUGAAAAGUAUAAUUUUACAAUAGUAAAUUAUUUAUCAGAUCA